ACAGGUAUCACGUAUACAAACUAUUUACGGAGCAUUCGGCGUUGCCGUUUGUGAGCGAAACUUUUGCAGGUUAAAAAUCCAAAGAUAAUUUACCUGCAACACUGCAACAGCCAUGCGGUCUGAUUGGUGCAUCUACGGCCUCAUCGGCUAUGUUGAGUAUGGAUAUUACGAUUCCUUCAACGUGCCUCUUGAGAGCGUGAGCUCUAGCGUGAGUGUGCAUGGCUACGUGGCUCAUGUAAAAUCCACACUCCGCUACCGCAACCCUAGGAACCAGCCCCUCCAGGUGUAUUUCAGGACGCCCAAGGACGAGAGCAGCGCUCUGUAUCACGUCGAGGCGAAGAUACAGGAUCGCAACAUCGUCGCCAAGUGCCUCGAGGUUAAGAAGGCGGCGAAGAUCUACGAAGACGCCCUAAGGGCUGGAAAGACUGCGCUGCUGGUGCGCGAGGAGCCAAAAGUGACUGACAUCUUCAACCUGGCCCUUGGCAACCUCCCUCCAGAGAGCUCGUGCGAGGUGACGCUGUCGCUGGUAUGCGAGCUGAGGGUUGCUACAGACGGGGGCGUGGAGUUCCGUCUGCCUACAGUGCUCAACCCGCGCUACCAGCCUGCGUCCUGCGCCGGACCUGUUGCCCCCGUCGGGUUGGACCUGAGCGCCGUGGCGGUGGCCCAGACGCCGUACACUAUGGACGUGAGGGCGACGGUGAGCGGUGCCCUGGACAUCGCCUGCAUCCUAUCACAUCAUCGCCACUCAGACGCCAUCAGCGUCACCAUCCACGACGACUACAAGAAAGCCUCGCAGAUCAAGCAAGAUGGCGGCUACACGAGCGACCACGAGUGGGGCUUCGUGGUGCACUACAACAACCCGUACCAGCCGCAGGCCAUCAUCGAGACCGGGGACGUGACGGCCACGGGCCUCAUGAUGGACCAGGUGCUCAUGAUCAACAUGUUCCCGCAGCUCCCCGAGGCUUCAUAUUCCCGCUUCAACGAGAUCAUCUUCGUCGUCGACCGUUCAGGAAGCAUGCAUGGCCACAACAUGCAGAGCGCCCGCGCCGUGCUGCUGCUCUUCCUCAAGAGUCUCCCGCCGGGCUGUCGCUUCAAUAUCGUCUCCUUCGGAUCAACGCAUUCCUUCCUCUUCAAGGAAGGAAGCCGCACGUACUCGGAGGCGACGCUAGCGAUGGCGUGUGAGCUGCACGCCUCCAUGAAGGCCAACAUGGGCGGCACGGAGGUGCUGGCGCCCCUGAAGGCGAUCUACAGCCAGCCGGUGGACCCUUCGUUCUCUAGACACGUGUUGCUGCUUACCGACGGUGACGUGUGGAACACCGACGAGGUGACGGAGCUUGCCGCUCGCCACGCGUCGUCCACGCGCGUCUUCACCGUCGGCAUCGGCGAGGGCGCCUCGACGGCGCUCGUCAAGGGCCUCGCCAGGGCAGGACGAGGGCGCGCUGAGCUCGUCACUGCGACGGACCGCAUGCAGACUAAGGUGAUGGGUCUGGUGGCCAGCAUGCUGCAGGCGAGCGUGCGGGGCGUGACCGUCUCCUGCGAGUUCGAUGCGCCCUCGAGGCUCUCACUUGUGCCCUCUGAACCGCCCGUCAUCUUCGGCGGUCAGCACCUCGUCACCUACGCUAGGAUGCCUCCUGGUGCCCAGCUGAAGAGCAUCACGCUGAAGGGGACGGUGGACGGUGACGAGUGGCAGUGCAGCGUGACGGAACGCCAGAUGGUCACUGUGCACGACGAACGUCUCACCCUUCAUCGUCUCGCCGCCCGCGCUUCAAUCCUGGACCUGUGCCUGAAGAACAAGGCAGACGCACGUAAGACUGUGGUAGAGCUGAGCUGCGCCUCAGGAGUUCUCUCUCGCCACACGGCCUUCGUGGCUGUGGACCAGCAGGUCGGCGAGACCGACGAGCAGCGAGCCGCGCAUCCGAAGGAAGCGCAGCCCUGCGGCGGUAUGCACGGCGAGGGCUACAUGAAAGCGCGUCUCGUCGCCUGUGUACCAGUACGGUUUCCAAUGGUUGGAGGAGGGCCGCCCCGGUCAUCGUCACCAAGUCGCUUUGAAUCACAGCGGGCAAUUGAAAUGGAGAUGUGUGAAAAAGUGCUGGUUGAUGAUGCAACGAACGAAGUAGACAAAUUUUGUCCCUCUGGAACGCCGAAGGAGAACAUAUAUUGUCAAAUAAUUGCUCAACAAAAGUUUGAUGGGUCCUGGCUGGCCGAUGACAUUGCGUCUAUUCUCCAGACUGCUGCAGGAGAUCUGCUGCAAGGUGACGCUCAACCGGCCAACCUAAUGACGGCGCUGGUGGUCGUGCUGCUGCAGGAGUAUUUCAGCGACCGAGCUGCUGAGUGGGGCUUGCUGGUCAUCAAAGCCAAGAACUUCCUGAAGCAGAGCCCUGCUGUGGACAUCAACGAGCUCCUGAAGGCUGCCAAGCACCGGCUUGAUGCUCUGCGCUCCAAGUAUCCACACCACGUCGCCUUCGUGUAGACAUCGCGACGCUGGCCUCAGCUGGUGUCCAAUAGUGGAUCGAAUUCCUGUCAUAUUUAAUGUUUAUUCAGGCUUGCUAGCGCUAAGGCCAGUCGCGGAAUGAGUGCACGGGAACCCAAAAAAUAUAAAUAUUGCUCUUAAUGUCCAGUUGCACCCAAAACCGUGUUUAUUGUUAGCAGAAGAUUCGCUUCAAAAGAAAAAUUACCAAACCUUCAAUUCUCAGUAAAAUAUUCAAUCGAUCCCUCAUUUUUUGGAGCAAAAUAUAUAGUCUAUCCAUCGAUAGAAUAGAUGAUAAGAAAAGACCAGAAUAAAUAAUUGCUUACAUAAUUUCUUAAUUACCAUAAAAAUCAUUGUUUAUUACCAUAAAUCAUUGUUUUUACACCUUCGAAUUUCUGACCCGUUGGAAACAAGACCAGUCAGCUUUUGCCUUAAUUGGUGCGGACAAAAGCAGCUCGUUCAAUAAUCUGUGUUUGAUUAAAUUUCGUAUAAUAUGCAAAUAAGCUCAUUUCACGCUCAUUUUAUUGGCUAAUAAAAGCAUACACCAGCGCUAUUCACCCAAUCAGAAAAAGUUGAUGCAGAAAAUAUAAUGUUGUACUGUCCUUAAACAGGUGUCACUUUAGGUUUCCUUUCAAUUUAUGGUAUGUUACUCAUCUUUUCGAAAUGCUGUGCCUACAGUUAGGUAGUGCGGUAGUCUUGGUUUUUAUGAUGAGUUUAAUUUAUAGUUCGUCGUCAGUGAUAUGGUGGAUUACUUUUUUUUU